AUGACGACGAACCCGUCAACUUCUGCAGAACAGAUAGUCAAUUUAAAUGUUGGUGGUCAUCGUUUUGCUACUUCUCGGCACACUCUCACUUGGAUUUCGGAUUCGUUCUUUACGAGGUUAAAGUUUAAAAUUUUCGCUAAUAAUGACCUCUUGAGCGGAAGAAUUCCGACAGUUAGAGAUGAAACAGGCGCUAUAUUUAUUGAUAGAGAUCCUGCAUUGUUUCGAAUUAUUUUAAAUUAUUUGCGAACAAAACAAGUGGAUUUAAGUACUGUAAGCCUUACGAGUUUGAAACAUGAAGCUCUCUACUAUGGUUUAACUCCGCUGGUGCGACGAUUGACUUUGUGCGAGGAGUUAAAUGAAUGUGCUUGCGGUGAUGUAUUGUUUCAUGCAUAUUUGCCUCCUCCAGCUUUCUUAAUUACUGAAGGCUGUACGCGAACUAUGUUUUCCCCAGGAUCAUCUCAGUCUCAAAGCCCGCAGACUGUGUCUAGGAGUACCUCUGGUUCCGCAACUUCUCAUGUUUUUCACAGAAACUUAAGCGAACCUGCAGGUGUUUGUGUAGCGCAGCGCCUUUCAUCGCAGAACAACAUUGUCCAACAACCUCGAUUAUUGCCUAGUAUGGAAGCUAAAUUCCAGGUUCCUCAGCUUGUUGAUUUGUCGUCAAAUCCACAAUCUGCUUACUCGUCAGCUGUACAGAAAAAAUCUUCAUCAAUGGAGAAUGAGGGUGAAACCAAUCAUUUAGCUGUAGACUGCAAAAUGCCCGCUAGCGGUGAAAAUCCCAAGUUGGAAGCAAAUGGUAUUUCCCCCGUAAUUGUGAGUGAUAAACUAAAUAUUGCUAAAAGUGGCGUGCAUCGUAGUGCUGGUCAUAGUCGAGCUAGUAGUUCUGACCAAAUCAGUGUAUUACAUAAUGGAUAUAGCAGUCCUUCAAGAGGUUUUCAGGGACAUGUCAAGAAAAGUUCUUACGAAUUAACAAGACAGAUUAAAAAUGAACUAUCAAUGAUGAUGAGACAGUCGUCAAGAUAUGCAGAUCGUCAGCAGACUGAUCCACUUCGAGUGCGAGUGAUUCGUGCCCAUCACAAUUCUAUAGCAGUUGGUUAUGCAAAUUUCGUCAGUUGCUACAGGUUGAAGGAGACGUUAGGGUGGCAGCCUUUAUUUUCUACUCCGCGGAUGGAUGCUGUUGUUCGUCACGUUGCAUUAAAUACAAAAUUUGGACCCCAGAGUGGUGAAAAGAUGCUUGCUGUCGCGCUUUCGAAUCAUGCAAUCCAUUUAUGGAACAUUACUGAUGGAAAUGCUAGUGUAAAAACUGGCACAUUUUCUCUAUCCGUUGCAGUUGAUAAACUGUUUUUUAUUGGUAGUCAGUUGGUAGCUUUAAGCAGAACUGGAAAAGUUGGAAUAUGGCAUUCUAUGACACAUAAUUGGCAAGUCCAAGAUGUCGUCUCUAUCUCAUGCUAUGAUACAGCCGGCUCAUUUCUGCUAUUAGGAUGUACCAAUGGCUCCAUAUAUUAUAUCGAUAUGCAGAAAUUCCCCUUACGUAUGAAGGAUAAUGAUUUACUAAUUACUGAAUUGUACCGAGACCCUAAUGGAGAAGUGAUAACUGCAAUCAGUGUCUACCUUACUCCAAAAACCAAUGUUUGUGGCAACUGGAUCGAAAUAGCAUACGGCACUUCACAAGGCACAAUAAGAGUGAUUGUUCAACACCCAGAAACAGUCGGUCAUGGUCCGCAACUUUUUCAGUCAUUCACUGUACAUACUUCUGCAAUUACUCGGGUUGCCCUUACUGCAACUCAUCUUAUAAGUGUGUGUAGCGAAUAUAAUCACGUCCGGUCUUGGGGUGUUACACGUUUUCGUGGGAUGAUUUCUACGCAGCCAGGUAGCACAUCUCUUGCAUCGUUUAAGGUUCUCACGCUAGAUAGCAUUGACGAUCCGUUGGAAAGUGACAUCAUGGAUCCUGGUCCUUUUGGAGAUCAGGAUGGUGAUCAAGUUUUUGUACAACGCAUAGUUCCAGACACUAACCAGGUUUUUGUGAGACUGGCGUCUAACGGGGAUAGAUUAUGCACGAUUCGUUCAGUUGACAAUUCUGCUAUAUCUGCAUUUUUGGUGCAUGAGUGUGAGGGUUCUAACAGAAUGGGAGCUAGACCAAGACGAUACUUAUUUACUGGUACUGCAAAUGGAACUGUUCAGAUGUGGGAUCUUACGACUGCUUUGGAUCAGUAUCAUCUACGAAUGUCAACCAAUUCUUGUGCAUCAUUAAGUCAGUCCAGUAAUUCAGAGAAAUCCAGUAACAAUACUGGGAAUACUUCUAACAAUACGAGUAGUAAUGCCAGUGCAGCAAUGUUGCUGAACAGGCCUCUUCCUGCGGUUUUGCAAGGUCCUACUCCGGAUGAGUUGCUGCAGCUAAUAGAUGAAUGUUGUGCAAGUUUAAAUUCAACUCCGUCUAGUACUCCUCACGCAUCUGCAGUACAUUUGCCGGGUUUAGAUUAUCAGAGGAGUUUCAGUUGA